GCUUUUAAGCCUGUGAUACCCGAGAUCGUUUCUGUGACCCCCUCAGGGCCGGGUCAGACCAAGGGGAAAACGGUGAUAUUGACAGUGCAGUCAGACCAUAAGUCUCAGAACCCUAUAGGGUCGACGGGCCAGGCACUACCUGCGGGUAAAUGCCAGGGCCCAAAGGACCUGCGGACGGAGCGGGCGUGCCAGUUAAUGUCGUUGUCCGACCAAAUCUACAAUAUGGCUACGGGACAAAAAGAGAUCCCAGUAGAGGGCCCCGGAUUGCUGGACCUUCCAGAGUCCUUGCCGAAGGUGCUCGAAAAACGCUCUACCAUUAAGGCUCCGGAAGAGACACCGUACGUCCUGACGAAGGACAAGGUACAGGUUUACAACAAGGACCCGACGGAGGCACGCAUCUUCAAGAACAUCUGCGAGAAUGCCGACGUCUGGCGGGACCGGGGACCAAUCGACAUGACCGAAAGUGAGCGAAUGCGUAUUCCCUUGGUCGAGGGAUAGCAGAACUAGGGAGUUAGGCUUUUGAACCGCCCAUAUCCGGUGUCACGGAAGGACAAAGACGUGAUAAACACCACUCACGACAAGCUCAACCAGCAGGGCCACUUGGAGCCAGUCAACCAUGCAACGCCGUUCGCCUUCCCGUGCUUCGUGGUCUGGCGGGUUGCUCGCGGAAAAGUAAAGAGCCGAGUGGUGGUGGAUCUACGCCAACCGAACAAGGUAUCGGUGCCGGACACAUAUCCGCUGCCGCUCCGGCAGAACGCCGUCGAUUCCUUGCGAGGCAAGCGUUGCGCUGUUACGGAAUCACGGAAAACAAAGAGACAAGCUGCGAUAGUUGACACAUGAAAAGCGACUAUCUAAAAGUAGUGUUAAAAGGUGA